AAAAGGCAGAAUUUUCGCAUAAAAAAACAGAAAGUGAAUCGACGAGGAAGCAGGGGGGGAGUGGAGAGAAGAAGCCGCCGCGUGAUGACAACCGUUAAGUGAUUGGUGACUAUGUGUGAUGUGGCCUCAUCAUAGCUCUUUGAUUCAUCCAAAACCAAAAUUCCCCAUUUGCCAUUUGUCUGACUGAGUCUUCUCUUCUCUUCUCUUCUCUUCCUCUCAUUCUCAUCUGAUUCUGAAUCUAGCAAGGAGCACAAGGUACCUCUCGUCGUUUCCCUCUCCCAAUCGCCAGUGAUUUGAGAGUGUCAUGAAAUUUGACUAGCGGGAAUGCAUGUGCUUGAGUGAAAGGCUUCAUUGCUUAUUUGAUUGAGAUAUUGAGAUUACGAUGGCCUCAGCUGUCUUGAAUUUCAUGAACACUACAAUAGAUUGGGUGAAAUUUGCUUUAGAUGCACCUUCUGCGCGAGCUGUAGUUUUUGGAGUCCAUAUCGGUGGACAUUUAUUUAUCGAAGUUUUUCUCCUGGUGGUCAUACUUUUCUUGCUUUCCCAGAAAAGUUACAAGCCUCCUAAAAGGCCCUUAACAAACAAGGAAAUUGAUGAGCUAUGUGAUGAAUGGGUUCCAGAACCUCUUAUUCCUUCUCUUAAUGAUGAGAUGCAGUAUGAACCACCAGUUCUGGAGAGUGCUGCUGGGCCACAUACCAUAAUUAAUGGUAAAGAAGUUGUCAAUUUUGCUUCAGCAAACUAUCUUGGGUUUAUUGGUCAUCAGAAGUUACUUGACUCAUGUUCUUCUGCUUUAGAGAAAUAUGGUGUUGGUUCUUGUGGUCCGCGUGGGUUUUAUGGAACAAUUGAUGUCCAUCUUGACUGUGAAGCAAGAAUAGCAAAAUUUUUAGGAACCCCCGAUUCAAUCCUCUACUCUUAUGGACUGUCCACCAUGUUCAGUGCUAUUCCCUGUUUCUCUAAAAAAGGAGAUAUAAUUGUGGCGGAUGAGGGAGUGCACUGGGGAAUACAGAAUGGCCUUUAUCUUUCUAGAAGCACAGUGGUGUAUUUUAAGCACAAUGACAUGAACUCUUUAAGAGAAACUCUAGAGAACAUUACUUCCAAAAAUCAGCGGGCCAAGAAAUUGAGGCGUUAUAUUGUGGUUGAAGCUGUCUACCAGAAUUCUGGCCAGAUAGCACCCUUGGAUGAGAUCAUUAAAUUGAAGGAAAAAUAUCGUUUUCGUGUUUUGCUGGAUGAGAGCAACUCAUUUGGUGUGCUCGGAAGUUCUGGAAGAGGUCUCACCGAAUACUAUGGAGUUCCAGUUGAAAAGUUAGAUAUUAUAACUGCCGCUAUGGGACAUGCAUUGGCCGCAGAAGGAGGAUUCUGCACUGGAAGUGCUAGAGUUAUAGAUCACCAACGAUUGAGUAGCUCAGGCUACGUCUUUUCUGCUUCUUUGCCCCCAUAUCUUGCAAGCGCUGCAAUUACAGCUAUUGAUGUUCUGGAUGAAAAUCCCAAUCUGAUAACAAAGCUGAACAACAACAUUGCUGUUUUAUGGAAAGGAUUGUCAAAAAUACCAGGCUUCACAAUUGCAAGUAAUCCAGAGUCACCAAUUAUUUAUUUGAGAUUAAAGAAGUCAACAGGUUCCUUGAAAGAUGACCUACAUCUGCUUGAAAAGAUUGCUGAGCGUGUUUUGAAAGAAGAUUCUGUAUUUGUGGUGACUUCCAGAAGAUCAACACUGGACAAAUGCCGUUUGCCUAUAGGAAUUAAAUUGUAUGUUUCUGCAGGACAUUCAGAAUCUGAUCUUCUCAAGGCAUCUGAAUCAUUGAAAAGGAUUGCAGCAUUAGUACUGGGUGGUCAUAAUUGAACGCUGUACACCUCUCUGCUUCUUUUUAUGUACCAAAACAUCAUUUUUAUUCCAUGUUUAGGUGAGCAAAUUUGAAAUCCAGGCCGAUAGAGAAAGUCAUGUAGUUGGUUAUUUAUGGUAAUGUUUAAUACGUGUAUUUUGCUAGUUUAGGGUAACAGUAUAUUGCGCGCGUGUGUGUUGGUCAUUGGUUUAUACGUGUGAAGGUUGUAGAAUAAGGAUUUAAUGUUUCUUACAUGAGUUGGGGAAAAUGCUUAUAAAUUACAUUCUGAGUUCUUUUUUUAAGUG